ACCGCCCCAGUGCCGGCGCUCGGACCGCGCUGGUGGCGGUGCCCGCCCGCGCGGGGGCGCCGGGCGCCGCUGGCGGCGGUGGGGCCCCACCGCCGAGGGGCGUCGCCGCUUUAAGGGGCGCGCGGCCGUACCAAAACAAAAGCGCGGCGCGGCCAUUGGCCGGUGGGCGGGCACGUGCCCGCACAGCUGGUUUCCUGCGGCCGGGGCAGCCCCGGGCCCGGCCCCGCUCCCGCCGCGCGGGGCCCGACAGCGCCUGACACCGACAGCGGCACCGACAGCGGCACCGGCACCGGCCAUGGCGCACUCGGCGCCGCUCGGCCUCCUCGAGCAGGGCUGCCCCAUCCAGGUGGAGCACGACCGCAAGCGCCGGCAGUUCACCGUGCGGCUCAACGGUUGCCAUGACAAGGCAGUGCUGCUCUACGAGUACGUGGGGAAGCGGAUCGUGGACUUGCAGCACACGGAAGUGCCGGAUGCCUAUCGAGGGAGAGGAAUAGCCAAGCACCUGGCCAAGGCAGCCCUGGACUUCGUGGUGGAGGAGGACCUGAAAGCUCACCUGACUUGCUGGUACAUUCAGAAAUACGUCAAGGAGAACCCGCUGCCGCAGUACCUGGAACACUUGCAGCCUUAAGGCAGGACUGCUCCGACACCAGCACACCUGUCCCUGACUGUCCAACGCGGCCUUCGCUUCUCUGCGGUCUCAGGAAACCCCCUCCCACACUCGCAACUCCCGUUUUUUUAAGCGUGUCCAUGUGGUGUGUGAGUGUGGGCACGACCUCCUGCUCCCUGCCCACGUGUGAGCAUGGCUACAGCCCCUGGGCCAGGCUGGCUCUGGGCACACGUGGCAUCCCCCAGUGCUUUUCCCAAGCCAGGGGGUGGAAGGGGAUGAUUUUUCCACCAAACUCCAUCACAAGACCAGGGGAUGACUUGUGCUGCACCUCAUCCUCCCUGCUCCGCUUGGCGACAACUGUGAACUUGCUGGGGGAUGUUGGUUAGGGGUGGUCGUGGGGCACCAGCCCCCCUUUCCUUCUGGGAGCUGGGGGAGAUGCUGUAGAUUAAGCUUUGUGGAACAGAGGGAGGUGCUGGAGGAGCCCCAGCCCUGAGGCAGGUUCAUCCCCUCCAGCCUCUGUUGAGCUGUGUCCAAGCCCAUGUGGAGUACGGAUGAGAACACAUGGACCAUGGUGGCACCUCGGGGGCUUUGCUGCACCAGCUGUGGAGACACUAGGAUGGUGACACCUGUGAGGCAAGGGACAGGAGCCUUGUGAGGAGCACACUUCAGCUGCAGGGGCUGUGGUAGAGUCUGUGCAGAGGAAGAAAGGUGGCUGAGCUGCAGAUGCUGCUCCCCAGAGAUUCCAGCUCCUGCCCAGCCUUCUGUUCACAACCCCAGCAUGGCAUCCCACAGGAUCACGGGCCAUCAUUCCUGUCUCUGCCCCCUGCCAUCGGUGCUGCCCAUGCUGGUGUGGACACAGCCUGCUCAGGAGAAGAGACCAGCCCCCACAGCCAGCCCUGGCCUGAGCAAUGAGGGGACAUCCCAGGGCACCAAGGUGGUUUCCUGCAGCUGAAGAGGAAGGCUCCCCCCAUCUCCCUCAACUCCAGCUCUGCAUCCCCAUCUGAGCCCCAGAUCAGAGCCGUCUUCCCAUCCUGAGAGCAACAGGCCUCCAGGACCUGCUCCUGGCCCAUCUCCUGGAGCCACCUGCCUCCACGUGGAUGCUCCUUACAGCCUUUGGAAAGAAGCCCUGGCUCAGGGCAUUACCUCUCUGCUCAGCUCCAGGCUCAGGUGCUGGCAGCACUGUGGUGUCCUCAGCUAGCAGCAGGAACACCCUCAUUUCGUGCUGUUCCCUCCAUGGACAAGGACCCUGUAGCACAGCCCAGUGUUGCCACAGUUGGAUAUACAGGUAACACCAUGAUGGCAGGGCACUGCCUGGUUCCAUCUUGCUGCCUGUCCUGCCUUGCCUGGGUUUUACAGGGCAUGAGCUACACCCCAGAGCAUCUCCCACCGAGCUCUCGGGAUUUUGCAGCGUCCCAGGGCAGGGAUGUGGUGUGGGAGAUGAUGCUUCUGACACCCCCAGCCCUGAGCAGCCACUGGGGGCUGCAGCCAGGCAGAAGGAAAUGGAGAGCCUUUCACCUGGAGGCCAAAUCCAGACCUAGCUUAGCUCAGCAGGAACUAAAGUUUACAAUCUGUGCCACGGAGUGACUGAAGCCCCAAGCGAGGCAGCUCAGCCCUCUCUCAGAGCCCAGCACAAAGCCCAUGGUGGCAACGGCAAAACUCCUCCAGCCUUCUCUACUGGUUGGGAUGGUCAGAGAUGGAGACCUUGUGGCUGAUCUCCGCCAGGGAGGCCCUGAGCUGUUCUUCCUGGUCACCAGCUCAAGGCAAAGCCCUGCUGCCUGCCCGUGCUCUUGGGCUGCCCAUCACCAGCGUAACACGGCCCUCUCAGGCUUGAGUAAAACCUCCUAGACUCCAUCCCUUCCCUGCACAGGGCUGUGAGACCCCUGCCCAUGCCCACCUCCUGCCUGGGGAAGGACCUGUGCCCGGCAGCAGACCCACCUCUGCCUCGUGCUGCUCAGGAAAGGCCUUGGGCUCAGCCCUGCUGCCGCCUUGCUGCUUAUUCCACCUGGGCUGUGACCUUCAGGAUGGCUUUGAGGGAUUGGGAAAGGGUUGCAGUUAGCAAACUAAAGGGGUUCAAGAAGAAAUCUGGGCUGCUAAGUGUUCCUUCUUUAACAUGCAAAACACACUUCAACAGGAGCAAGGCUGGUUCUGGUACAGCCGUGACGACAGAACCGUCCCUGCUCUUGAUCCCAAGGUGAAGCUGAACCGUCUCCUCCGCUGCAAGCCAAGAUAAGACACUGUUGUGUCUGUCACAGCAGGGCUGGGUGCUUGGGAGAGAUGUGUGUCUGGCUGCCUCACGUGAGCCUCUGCGAGCCUCUGCCCUGGUUUUGUGCUCAUUUCCACUGUGUGGCAGUUCCCAGAAGUUCUCCGUUGUGUCAGCUCACUGCAGGCUGUGCUGUGGUCACUGCACCAGCAGUGGCCUGGCGUCCAAGCCUGGCUCUGGAGCCCUUUGUGCUGCUCUGACAGGAACCUCGUGCUUCCCAGCGCUGGAUCACAAGUGGCAGUCACUGCCUUAAAUCAGGCACAGCACAUGGUUUUGCUGCUGCUUCCCUUCGAGGUGCUACAACCCCUCCAGUGUCUGACCCGACGGAGUUGUGUGCCAGUGUCCGUGCCAACCGUUUCUCUGCUGUAUCCAUCCUCUGCCUUCCCUUCCCUGUGGUCCUUGAUGCCGGUGAAUAGCAAUACCCACAGGUCACCAGCGAUGCCACAGUCCAUGGCACUCCUGGGAUCCUGCACUGAUGGGCAGGAGAUGGCUCGGGAUCCCUCAGUGCUGGGCAGCCCUUCCCUGCCUCCCCACCAGCUGCCCUUUCCCAGCUGGUCUCUGCAGAAAGGAGCUUUGAGUCCUCUGCUGCCCCUUGGUGCUCACUAAGCCUGGAGGAGUCGGGGAAUUUUGAACUCUCCCUGGCAACAGGAGUGUGGAAAGUGGUUUGGUUGAAUAUUGAGGUCCCCAAACCCAUUUGAACUACAGACCUUGGUGGGUGGGGGAAUGCAGGUUGCUGUCAAACCUGCUUCCACAGCACCCGACUUGAAACCCCCCUCCCUCAUCCGCUCUCCAACGUUGUCUUCCUCUGUCCCAGGUUUCUGUUCUGUUGGAUUCGGUGGUUACGAUGUGCCUUUCCUUCUCAGGACCUGUUACAAAUGACCUUUCUGCUCUUGUUUAUGUUUAACAUUUUAUCUUUAUCCCUCCCUCUGUCAUACUAUAAGACAUGAACAUAAUGCAUGGAAUACAAUACAAUAAAAGUGUGGCUUAACUGA